UAUGCAGGUACUGGUAUAAAGUGUUGCAUGGUACAGAUGGAUGCUGUAAAAAUUGAGAGCUUGGACGGUGACUCUUCACAAGCACCUCACCCAAGUCCUGGGUCAGAAAGAGGAAACAGAGGAUUUGGAAGGGGAAGAGGUGGUCGAGGAGGCCCAAGGGGUCGAGGAGGAAUGAGAGGUGGUGGUGGUGGCGGCCCACCUGGUGGUGAUAGAAGGCCACGGGCUCCUGAAGAUCGAAUUCAAGAUCGCCUGAAUCAAGUCUUUAGUGGGAUGCCAACAAUAGACAUACCUCCACGUGAGGAGACCGGGGUCAGGAAAUUCACUAACCACAAUCGCCUCUUUGUGGGAAAUCUUCCAACUGAUAUCAAGCAGGAUGAAUUUGAUCAGCUCUUUGCUCCAUAUGGCGAGACCAAUGAGCAGUUCCUAAAUGCUGAGAAAGCAUUUGGAUUUGUGAAAUACGACUACAGAUCCAAUGCAGAAAAGGCAAAAUUAGAAUUGGAUGGAAAACCUGUUAGAGGGAGAAAUAUAAAAGUACGCUUUGCUGCUCAUGGAGCUGCUCUCAAAGUAAAGAACCUCAACCCAUGGGUAUCUAAUGAACUGCUUGAAAAGGCUUUCUCUGUCUUUGGAGAGAUUGAGCGUUGUGUAGUUCUUGUUGAUGGAAGAGGAAAGCCACUUGGUGAAGGACUGGUGGAAUUUGUAGCCAAGCCAUCUGCCCUACAGUGCUUGAAGAUGUGCAAUGAAGGAUGUUUCUUCCUUACACAGUCUCCACGUCCUGUCAUUGUAGAACCCUUAGAAGAGAAAGACACUGAUGAGGGGCUCCAAGAUAGGAUGCUCCCAAAGAAACAUCCAGAAUUCCAGAAGGAGCGCUCGGUUCCUCCUCGCUUUGCAGCUCAAGGAAGUUUUGAAUUUGAAUAUGCUGAAAGAUGGAAAGAACUUUAUCAGAUGGAGAAGCAAAAGAUUGCAUCUGUUGAGGCUGAGAUGCGAUAUGAGCGUGAAAAACUUGACCAACAAAUGGAAUAUGCCAGACAUGACCAUGAGAUAAACAUGUUGAGAGAACGUGAGUUCUUGUCUGAGUUGCGUCAGCGUGAGCUUGAGAAGGAGCGACAGAUGCGAGAUGCAGAGAUGAGGAUGAGAGAGAGAGAGGAGAUGCGCAGAAAGGAAGAGGAGAUGUAUAGAAUGAGGCAAGAUGAUUUGGCUCAGCAGAUGCAGAGACGUGAGGAUGAACUUAGGAGACGGGUUCAGGAGAAUUCCAUGUUCCUUCAGGAGGAGGCCAUGCGUGCUGGUGGGAGUGACAACAAGGAGGGGAUGCAGUCAGCACAAACAAAUGAUACCUAUACAAAUCAAGGAGGGUAUGGGACCAAUGGUCGUUGGGAUCGGUCUGCUACCAGUGAAGGCCAGUAUCCAGCCUUCGUUACCAACAUGGGCAGUGGUGUGAUGCCUCCGGAUCCCAAGGCGGUUGUUGAAUCAUACGGGACCGACACGUAUCAGCAAGGAUACACAUAUGGCUAUCAGCAGGAGAUGGACAACGAUGGUGGGAUGAAUCGCGGAGGGUCGUGGGGAAGAGCCGAUCGUGCUCUCCCACAUGAUGAAUAUCCUGGAUCUAAGAGACGUCGCUACUGA